AUGGACCUCAGGGACUUCUACGGCGGAAAGCAUGUGCUACUCACUGGUGCCACGGGCUUCGUUGGGAAAGUCUUGCUCGAGAAGCUGCUGUGGGAGUUCUGUGCCCCCUGUAGCCACUACCUGGGUCCCAAGCUCCACGUACUCAUACGCUCGCAGAAAAAGUCUGCCGCACAGAGGCUGGAGGAGUUGUUUGACAGUCCGGCGUUCCAGCGACUGAGAGCCCGGCAGAGUUUGCAGCUACGGAACUUGGAGUACUGUCUCAGUGUGGUGGACGGUGACCUGGACUCAGAAUGUUUGGGGCUUUCGUCAGAAAGCUACGACGCCUUGGGCGCUUGCUGCGACGUAGCACUGCACUGCGCGGCGCUUGUGGACUGGGCGGCGCCGCUGCAUCGCUCUCUGCGAAGCAACGCCCUCGGCACACGGCGGGUGGCACAGUUGACGGCGCAGAAGCCUGGGCGCCUGGUGUGCGUUAGCACCGCCUGGGUGCAUGGCAAGGCGGCCGGGCCCUGCGCGGAGGUUCCCUUGCGGAGGAGCCUCGACCCUGAGGCUGAGAUCUCCCGCUGCUUCACGUAUCUGGAUGAGGUCACCAGGCUGUCCACGGAGAUGGACUUCCUGGAGGAGGCUCGGCAGCGCCUGGGCCCUGGCCCAGUGCCCACAGCCCUGGCUGAGAUGGCUGAGACGCUGCGUGGCCGCUGGGUGGACGCCGAGAUGUCACGCUGGGGCGUGGACACCGCCAGAGCUCGGGGCUGGUGGGAUGGUUACACCUUUUCGAAGGCGAUUGGGGAGAUGCUGGUGCAAGAUGUCCAGGGUGUGCGGCCCUACGCUGUGGUACGCCCCUCGGGUGUCGUCUCCGCUUGGGCGGAGCCGAUGCCUGGCUGGGUGGAUGCUUACCUAUUGGUGGAGCCACUCAUUGAAGGCAUGGGCCGCGGUCAGAUCACGGAGUUCCCGGGCCGCAGAGACUGCGUUAUCGACUGCGUGCCAGUGGACUACGUGUGCAACGUGGUCUUGGCUGCUGCCGGCUGCCUGCCAGCGGCACCUGUGGCACCUGAAUCUUGCCCAGCACGGGUUUAUCAGGUCGCCUCUGGUGACGUGUCGCCCAACACCCUGGGGGAGAUCGAAAGCACUUGGCGGGAGUACUUCAAGUCCCAGCCCAUGCAUAACCAGGGGAGACCAGUGGAAGUGAGGCCUGUGAAGUUCCUGCCCAGCGCUGAUGAUUUUGUGAGCUCGCUGCAGCGACGCUACUUGACACCGCUGCGACGGUGUUUGUCGGUGCUGGAGCUGUUGCCCGUGCAACACAUGGCGCCAUUGCGCGAUGGCCGUGCCUGGCUGAAGCGGAAGCAUCGGAGCCUGGAGAAGUUAACCCUUCUGGCCAGGCUCUACUCCACCUACACCCUCAAUGAGUGGUCAUUUCAGACACCGCGCACGCGCGAGCUCAUGGCGCAAGUCGACUCGGUGCGUUUCCCUUACUUCCCGGAGAAGCCGUGGACAUGGCGAGACUUCUGGACGCAGAAACACAUCCCAGGGAUGAGGCAGUGGGUGCUGAAGGAGAGCCAAGCUGUGAGCCACACUGUCCAAGCGGUCAACCAAGGGAACCACGCCCGCUUGUAG